UCCUCCCAUCCUUUUUAUACUUCCCAGUCACUACCACCACCACCACACCACCACCGCCGCCAUGAGGGAGCUCCUGAUCCUCGCCACCCUGGUCUCCGCCGCCGCCGCCCGCAUGGCCUACGUGUUCUCGUCCGGCUACGAGGACAUCAUUGGCGCGCCCAGCGAGACCUUCAGCUGCGAGGGUCGCGGCUACGGCUACUACGCGGACAUGGACAACGCCUGCAAGGUCUUCCACGUGUGUCUGCCCAUCGCUAAUGACGAGGGCGAGGCUGCCGCUAUGCACCACUUCUCCUUCUUCUGCGGCAACGGGACAGUCUUUAGCCAGGAGUCACUCACCUGCGCGAGCGAAACUGACGCCUUCCCCUGCCAGGACUCCGCCUCCAUUUACGACCUCGUCAACUCCGAGUUUGGUAGAAUUCCCGACCAGUCCAUUGAUCUCCGGUCGAGCGCUGCGGAGAGUGUGUAAAGCGAGUGAGUGAGUAGGUGAGUGAGAGUAGGAGUGUGUGUUUGUGUAUGUGAGAUUAAGGGAUUGCGAAAGUGGGUGAGAGGGAAAUGUAGGGAAAUGUAUGUGUGGGAAGAUAAAUAAGGGAAGAUAAGGACGAUAAAAAAAUUAUAUGAGAGAAGAUGUGUGUGGAAAGGACAUGAAGGAAAGUGUGUGUGAAAGAAAGUGAGAGUAAUGCAUGAGUGAAGGAAAUUAAUGGGCUGUUUAAUAUUUCCUAAAGUAUACAUAUAUCAUUCACUAUAAGGAUAACACUUGAAGCUAUAUAUAUACACACAAACCCUUAUUUUGAAUGUAAGAAAUGGAAGAAAAAGAAGUAAACAAAGAGGGGAGUGGGAGUGAGAGGGAAAGAAUAGGAAUAUGUGAGAGGUAGGAAUGCAUGAGAGGGGAAAUUGUGAGACGAGGGAUAAGGGUAAGUGAGAGGGAUAAUGGAAAAUGAAGGGGAAGUAAAUGGAGGAAAUGGGGAAGAAAAAGGAAAAGGGAUAUGAAUGAGAGAGAAAGAAAAAGAGAAAGAAAAACAGCGAGAGAGAGAAAUCCUAUAUAUAUUCCUGUUAGUUUGUAAGUAUGUUUGUACGCAUGCUAGUAUGGUGGUGAUUACUAAUAACUUAUAAUAUAAAUAAUUGUUUUUGAUUACGAUAAUAUUAAUGCACUGCGCAAUGAAGCGAUAUGUAAAGGUCUUGCUUAUCUGUCUGUCUUUAUGUAUGUAUGUAUUUCCGUUUUUUCUUUGUGUGUGGUUUAUGUAUGAUGGAAUAUUGUCUCGCAGAAAUGUUACCAUAUUGUAUAAAGAGUAUUUUUACAAUUAUAUGUACACACACACACACACACACACACACACACACACACACACACACACACACACACACACACACACACACACACACACACACACACACACACACACACACACACACACACACACACACACACACACACACACACACAGAGUUACGACUUAGCCCAGCGUGGAGGUGUGGCUGAGGAGUGUUGCUUUGUGUUAUAAACUGAGUUGGUAUUAUUAUUAUUAUUAUUAUUAUUAUUAUUAUUAUUAUUAUUAUUAUUAUUAUUGAGCACUGUUGCCACACUACUAUUAUUACAACUCCAACAAUAACAACUACUGCAACAUUAACAACUACUACCACUACUACUACUACUACUACCACUACAUCUACUACUACUACUACCACCACUAAUACUACAGGUAAGGAUACACAGGUGAGAACUAACCAAUUAAUUUACAAACACAGGUAACAAUACUUCAGGUAAAUGCAACACAAUAGGACAGGUAAAUAUAGCUCAUUAACACUUAAUAACCAGGUAUUAUCUUCAGGUGAAACACACACACACACACACACACACACACACACACACACACACACACACACACACACACACACACACACACACACACACACACACACACACACACACACACACAACAA